AAUGUGCGCCCAACCGCAACAACUGCGCUAUCUGCACCACGUCCAUGACUGAGGAAAUUAACAUAGUCCCCCGCCUUUUAACAUUAAGUGAACCGGCCCCGACUAGAACAAGGUUCCCAAAUCGAGAGCUUCAAUAUAAAAAAAAUUAUAAGGAGGCUCUCGAUUGGAUACUCGCGUUCCAGCUAAUCACUGUCUAUUCGUCCUACGUUUUAAUCUGAGUAUAAUCACGCGGCCCCACACAAGAAAAGAGGAAGUAAUUAUUGGCACUUAUUUGACAUUCAAUGUGACCGUUUUACCGCAGAAAUGAAUACCUAUGUUGCAGAUAUAUUUAAAGAUGAUUCAUUUCAUUUAAAAAAAUUUAUUGGUAAAAAUGUAAUCGUUACAACUAUUCACGAUGAAUGUCAAAAAGGUAUUGUGUACACUAUAGACCCUAUUACAGAAAGCAUUAUUCUUGUUAAUAAUAAGGACGGAAAAAUUUCUCUGGAUGUCAUCAUGAGACACAUUCUUAAGGCAAUAGAAAUAUUAGAUUCAUCAGAUCACAGUGUAAUGUUAAACAGCAUAUUUUCUAUUCCUGACACAUGGUAUACCAAGGAACAAGUGAACAACAGAAAAGCCAAAGUAAUGCAGUUACUGGAUAAGCACAGAGUUCCAUAUGUGGAAACUGAGGAAGUGCUGAAAAUUCAUGACACUCUUGAAAUUCAUCCUCCUUAUGGAAUCGAACAAUGUGUGAGCAAUAACACUGUUAUUCUGUCUCGAGUGCAAAGUCUUUUAGCAUCAGUGUCUGUGGACUAAUUUUAAUUUUACAUUGUAAGUUUCAUAAAUUUUUGAGACUUGUCAUACCACUACAUAUAUUUUCAAUAAAAAAAAUCAACUUUUCACAUGUUUUGGAAAAGUAUUAUUUUUCACGAGUGUAAUGUGUGCCAAGCUAUAUAAUAUAAAUCCACCAUAAAAUUUAAUGUAUCUUUGUAUAUAUUAUUUUAUUAAACCAUUCUUUUUAAUAUAUAAACUUCACAUGCAAAAAUGCAAUAUAUUGAAAAUUAUAACCAUUCUGUAUAGCAAUGGUUUGCCAAAUAUAUCUCGAAAUAAUUCCUUGAUAUUGUUACUCCCUCUCCUUUGGAUUUUAUGAAGAAAUCCAUAUGCCUCCACUUACCUUUAAAUCAGCCAAAGGCAAUAGUAUGUGCAAUGACUAGAGGCUUCAUGCAGUUAUUAAAAUAUAAGUCUUUGAUAGAGAAUGAAAAUGAUGUAAGCAAUUCUGAAAGGUA